GAAGACCUCAUGUUAUAAUCCAUAUCUAUUAACAGCAUUUAUUUCAUGCGUUGCCUAGUAUCGAGCUUUGUCCAAAAUGGGAUUAACUGAAAGUAAACUUGUUCUUGCAAAACUCCAAGCUGAAUGUAUUACUGCAGAUUGUUGUGGGCGUCACGACAUACGGGACCUCCUUGCUGAUAACGAAUUUCUAAGCAAUUUAAAUGUUCUCUGGAAACAAGUGCCAGCUGUACCGAAGGCUGCAAUAUGCAAGAGUGACCGUCGUAAACCUACAAAUCCUGUGGCGCCCCCCGAUACAAGCGUAUCUAAAACACUCCUUUUUUAACGAAAGCGAUUCUAUUACACUUGAUACGAGAAUUCCCAUUGCUGGGUCAUACAAAUACCUCUCGGAACUAGGAGAUCGUGGGGAAAAGGAUACUUGGCGUGCAAGGUUCCUCAUGGUUAUAUUUUAUCGUCUCCUUAAGGCGACUGGUGGUAAAAAAAAGCAGGUGGCGAGUGUCAACAGAACUGUGGCACUCCUUGUAAAUUCAGGGAUUGUCAAUGAUAGUCGUGAACAGGUUAGCUUGCAUUGUGAUACCUGGGGCAAAAUUGGCAGGAGACUAGAAUUGCUCUGCAAAGAACUUCAAGGAGUAGGGGCCCAAGAUGAAGACGAGUCAGAUGAGGAAAGUAAUACAGUCGGUGGUUGCAGUCAACACAAUACUAGGAGGGAAUAUCUUGGGUUCUUAUUCCGAUUGCCUCUGGACAUGAGUAAUGACUGCUUAAGAAAGAUCCCUUUAAGUGGGGAAAAGCGGGCACCGAAGGUACAACGCCUAAGAGAUCGUGGCCUAUAUCCGGACCCUAAAUACGACGCCGUGAAUGAUCUAGCAUCCGACAUUUUCAAUUACCUAUGGGAAUGUAUUCGCAAGUCGCUAAUGCGCGAAGACUUUUUAUUGUAUAAAGAGCCAAAGCGCCGCAGUCAAAUUCCACCUCAUACUAAGGGUACCAACAAUAGCAGCAGCAGGGAUUCCGGAGUCUAUUCCAUGCCGCUGCAACCUCCAGGACACGUUACGUAUAUAGGAAGCACAACUAGAGGCAUGGAAGUAUCUCAUGGAAACGCGCAAGACACUGCAACGUACACGACCCUCAUCUCCGGAGAAGUAAGUGAACCCGCAUAUAUUGCGACUCAGACAGAGCAUAGCGUAUCAGACCAGCAGCCAAAUGAAGUCCAACCCUUGCUUCCCCAGCCGGAGCAUAAUACACUGCCCGGCUCUAAUAACUGCUCAGAGCGGAGUGAGACGGAAACGGAGUCAAGAAAUGUUAACCCACGACCUUACCUACAUUACACGCCAAACCAUCCUCUCACCCAGCAGUCUGAUACUCUUCCUGCUCAGCAUCCCAUUCAGGAGCCGCCUAUAGUGUCCCAAUCGAAUAAUCAGUUUGAACCUCAAAUGGAUGUGUCUCCAGGCGGAUUUAAUCCGCGACCAUAUUUACAUUACACGCCAAGCUAUCCUUUCACCCAGCAGUCUGAUAUUCUUCCUGCUCAGCAUUCUAUCCAUGAACCGCGUAUAGUACCACAGUCAGAUAACCAGUAUGAACCCGAUCAAAUGGAUAUGUCUCCAAGCGGAUUUAACCCACGACCAUACCUACAUUACACGCCAAGCCAUCCUUUCACCCAGCAGUCUGAUAUUCUUCCUACUCAGCGUCCCAUCCAGGAACCACAUAUUGUACCCCAGUCAAAUAAUCAGUUUGAACCUGAUCAAAUGGAUGUGACCCCAAGGGAGUUUGAUCCACGACCUUACCUACAUUACACGCCAACGUCUGAGGUCCUAGACAAUCCCUUCUAUCAGCAGUCAGAUACUAUUCCUGCUACUACUAUUCAUCAUUUGUUUCUCCAGCACCCACAUAUGGCAUUAUCUAGAUCAAAUAGCCAGGGUAUACCUCCCCAGGUUGAUACUAUACCUGGUCAAUUCAAUCCGCGACCUUAUCUAUACUAUACACCGAUAUCCGUUUCAGACCAAACCAGCCAACAGAACUCCGAGUCAAACCAAGUUACAUUCGACCAACAAACAUACUUGUCAACUUCUGGCCAAAGUAGUCAUCCUCAUAUCACCCAGAUAGACACGGCUUGCGGGCGAACUCCUAAAACUGGCACAAAUCAUUCCUUCGAACAUGAACAUCAUGACGCGAACUCAACGCAGGGAUGGAAAGAGCAGUAUCGAUUAGGCCCAGGAUGUACAGAGACACGGCCGGAUGCUUUGAAUGGGCUUAAUCGGCGCGGGAAUCAUGUCUCUUCUUCCCAAUCGAUAGUAAUAGUUGCAUAACCCAACUAAUUCUAUCUUUUACCAUGCUUGUCCUUCCAAAACAAAUAAAACGUUUCGAAUGAACUGGAAUUAAAAAAAGUAUCACCUCAUGUAAAUGAUGAUUGUCGCGCAGGAGCUAAGUGUUUGUUUAUCGGUGAUGUGUAUAAGAUAACCUUCAGUCAAUGGCCCUCCUGGUGUUAUGGUUGAAUCGCUGGAGAGAGGAACAAGAUACAUUGAGUUAUUCUCAUUGAUAAGAUCCUCUGCGGUCGGAAAAUGCCAGACUGUCCAUCCAAAUUCCGUGCCAAUGGACAGAAGGUCACGUAAUUCAACAACUUUUUUCGACAGGGCAUCUCCAGCAUACAUUAUUCUUCCAUCAUCGCUUCGGAGGCGGUCCACCUUUUUUGAAUAGGUCUGUUUUUCAGUGGCUGUUUCCCGUAUCAUCUCCUUGAUCUCCCCUCGAAUCUUCUCGGCAUCGGCACUCAAAGGACGUCUCAUUUUGGUGUAUACGAUGGUCUUAAGAAUAUCACGUAAAGGUUCACUUUAAUAAAUUGUGGCGAUUACCCGAGGACUAGUAUUCAUUAUGAUUAUGGUUAAUAGUGUGAGGGGCAUGGAGG